CACACACUCGAAUUGAAUAUUAUGUCGUUGUAUAUGUACUUAAUACAAUUUUUUAUUAUAAAUACAAUUGCCGUGAAAUUUUAGGUAGUUAUACUCAACGACAAAAAACGAAAAACAAAAAGAAAACAACAACUAAAACCAAAAACGAGCUUUAACAACGGAAAAGGGUGAAAGCGAAAUGUGUACAAAUGGAUCAAUGAAACGACAUUAGAAACCAAGAAAUCUGCAAAUGUAAACACAAAUACAUAUAUACUCAAAUAUAUAAUACCAGAACAUCAAGCCAAACUGGCCAAGCCAAGCUACUUGGGUUGAAGUAGUUUGUGUGUGUGUGAUUUAUUACCUCGUUUUGCGAACAUUUCUAAUAAUAAAAGAAACAAAAAUGCUGAAGACGAUGUGGUACAAUCCUUUCUUUAUUUUAUGCUGCGUGAUGCAAACCGUUGUCCUUGCAUUGGCCGAUGACACGCCGCCGUCGCCGUCGCCCUCCCCAUCGCUAAUUGAUGGUCCAAUUCGAUACAAUACAUAUCAACAGGCUGGUGGUCAGCAUAAUACAAAGCCACAUUCGAUCGAGGAACCCAAAAAUAAUGCAGUUCAUAAAACGCAGCAACAGCAUCCGCCGCAUGUCGGUAGUCUUGGACAUGGCCAGGUGCCACAUGAUGCAUCAUCAUCCGUGCCAAGCCACGGAGUGUCGGCAUCUCAGGCCGUCUCUCCCCAUACUGGAAGCGGUGGUCAAUCGGCUCAUCUUGAACAACAUAUACACAGAAGCUCGUUUAAUCUAUUAAGUGAGGCAAUGUCCCAAGCGGUCAGCAAUGAAUUUAAUUCUAUGGGAAGUGGUUCAGCUUCAGCGGAUGGCGCAUGUAAUGCUGACGAUUUCGACUGCUUUAAUGGGAAUGUGCAAGAUCGCUUCGGCAUGGAAGCAAUUGCCAGUUUACAUCGUCAACUCGAUGAUGAUGAUAAUGGCAACAUUGACUUGAGCGAAUCGGAUGAUUUUCUGAGAGAAGAACUGAAGUACGAUUCGGGAUAUGAGAAACGCCAGAAAGCUUUUCAUUUUAAUGAUGAUAUGCAUAUUUCGGUGAAAGAGCUAUGGGAAGCAUGGCUAAGAUCAGAGGUUCACAAUUGGACUAUUGAGCAGACCACGGAUUGGUUAGCUCAGUCCGUCCAGCUUCCACAAUAUGUUGAAUUAUUUAAGGCACACAAAGUCACAGGUGCUGCUUUGCCAAGAUUGGCUGUCAAUAAUCUCCAUUAUGUUAGUAAUGUAUUGGGCAUUAAAGAUCCCAUACAUAAGCAAAAAAUUUCUCUGAAAGCUAUGGAUGUAGUGCUCUUUGGUCCGCCAAGAGAAUCGGGAACCCGUUGGAAAGAUUACAUAUUGGUCACUCUGCUAUUGAGCGCAAUUAUUGGCUGUUGGUAUGCAUAUCAGCAGAAUAAAAACGCCAAGCGUCAUUUAAGAAGAAUGGCCCAGGAUAUGGAAGGACUGCAACGUGCGGAACAGAGUUUACAAGAGAUGCAAAAAGAAUUAGAGCGAGCCCGUAUGGAGCAGGAAAAUGUGGCUACAGAAAAAAUGGAUUUGGAGCGACGCCUAAAAGAAGCUCCAUCCUUGAGCUCAUCAAGUUCAGACCUUGAAGUCCAACAGUUGAAGAAAGAAAUCGAAAUGCUGCGCAAUGAACUCUCACGUGCCGAAUUCGAGUUGGUUGACAACUGCUGGGCUCCUCCACCACAAUUGCAAUCCUGGUUGCAAUACACCUAUGAACUCGAAAGCAAGAAUCAUCAGAAGAAGAGAAUUUCAGCUGAAAAGCAACUUCAGUCAGCGAGAGAGGCGUGCGAGAAAUUGCGGAAAAAGCGUUCCAGCUUAGUUGGGGCCUUUGUGUCCACCCAUGGCAAGAGCAUCGACGAUGUGGACCGCUCAAUUGUCGAGGCGCGCAAUGCUCUUGGUGAGGUAACCAAUGAGUUGCAAGAACGAUUACAUCGAUGGAAGCAAAUUGAAACGUGCCUUGGCUUGAAUAUUGUUAAUAACAAUGGAUUGUCGUAUUUGGAAAGUGUACUAUAUGGACGGAAUGGUGGAAGUGUGCAAAGUUCUAGUGGAACUGGAUCUUCAAAAGGCUCUAGAGCACGCAUUACAAGCAGUACUGAUGAUCUGGAUGACGAGUCUGUGCAAGGUAUGUUUGAAAGCUACAGCCGAAGUUCGGCUAACGCAAGCGGCCAUUUAAGUAGCAAUACCAGUGCCAUACGCGAUGAUAGUUCAUGCAGUGAAGAUGGCACGGACACCCAGUCGGUUCAGUUCUAUUUGGGAAGCAGCAUUGCACCACCGGAUCGUACGCGAAACUUUAAUCAGCCGGCAUCAUUGGACAUAAUUAAUAUCGGAAAUCACAAUGGCCAGGUGGCGGCAGGUACAGGAACUUCGUCGACUCCAUUGAUAUCGGCAGAUGAGGGAAUCGUCAGAACAUUGGGACACAAUAACAAUGCAUCGGCAGCAGCCCUACUAACUGAGAGCAAUAUACUUGGCGUUGAUAUAGGCGGAUGUGAUAGCACUUGUAAUGCAUCGUUCUUAGAACACUCGGUGGUUACUGUGCCGCCACGUACCAAGAAACAGGGUUUAUCUGUAACGCCUCCGUGCACAACAACAACACAGCAACUUCCAUCUUCACCAUCGGCAUCGUCCAAUGCGUGUCUGAUUGGGCGUACUCCUCUACCCCCACCUCGUAAAGCUCUUCAGAGUCAAAUGGUGAGAUCCCAAAGUACGGAUAUGGUGCCAAUGGAAGUUUACACAUACCUUUCAAUGCCACACUUAACGGCAGGAAAUGUCACCAACUCCACCACCGCAGUCGCAGCAGCAGCCGCAUCUCGAUCUGCUGACCCAGAGAAUGUUACAUCCUCUCCAGAAUUCAUCAUUGGUGGUCGGAAAAUGAAUGCUGCUCCAAGCACAAACGAAAAGACGCCGGAGAAGACACUUGCCGUUAAGGAGCUUUCAUUGGACAGUGGUACACGGCGAAAGAUGGUCAUGCAACUAAGCAAUGCCAGCCAACAGUCAACAUCAUCCACAUCUUCGUCGGUGCAAUCGGCGCCAUCGAAUGCCGAUUUCUAUCGCCUGCCAAGGCACAGUGCUGGAAGUCAGCAACAUUCGCCGGCUCGUUGGUCAUCGCAUGAACGAUUACCGGGCAUGCAGUCUGUUGGUGGAUUUGAAACUAUCUAUUCAAGCAUUGGUAAUAUACAUCAAGGCCUGGAGGGCCCAACCGGACCCAUUCCCUAUGCAACAAUCUCACUGAAACCACAAGCCAAUUUGCCAUCAGAGGCUACCAAUCAUCCCCUCAUCCCUGGCAUCAAUGUGGCCAUAAAGAGCAAUAGUAGUGAACCCACUGAUCUCACAUCCGGCAGUGCGCAGUCGCAGGUGGUUAAGAAGCAUCACAAGCGAAGAAUCCGUUUUCCUUUCACCAGCAGCAAGAGCACGGCGGACGAUGAGAGCCUCCUUAAAGAGAGUGUUAAAAAAAAGUAACUUCCAAAAACAAAUACAAAUCCUACAUUAACAACAAUUCAAAUCCUAAAUACUUUUGAAUGUGUUUAUUUUAAUUUUUGAUAGUUUUGUCAGGGUGUUUUUUUAAUUUUGUUUUUUUUUUCUCUUUGCGGUAUCCAUGACCAUACACACUCAAUUAUACAGUAUAGAAACAGCCGAUUGUGAUUUGCACAGAAUUUUUACUUAUUUAUCCUCCGUUUUUUUGUGUUUUUUGUAGUGUAUUUACUUAUUUUCUCAUUAGUAUCCUAUACGAAAUAAUGUGUUACUUAUCUUAAUACCAUCCACCACUCUAAUUCAUCAUCGUACAGAGCAUAUAGUACAUAGAUAUACCUAUAUAUGCAAGUGCAAUCCUAAUUGGUGCUAUGCUGUCGAGAUGUGCUGUGAAUUAAUAAUGUCAUCGAAUUACGGAAUUUAUAAUUUAUUGAUAAAGCAGGGCAAACAAUUGUAUUGAACUUUAGCUCCAAGACAAAGACAAUAUGUAAUCAAAAUAAAUAUAUUUAUAUAAGGCCAAAUGUGUUAAAUAUAAAGCAAAUUAGAAAAUAUA